AUGUCUCCGUACUGGGUCAGGCCACAGGACUUCAUCCACAUCACAGGCCACAUUUUGUCUGGCCAGGCAACGGGGGGGAAAAAACCCCUGGCAUGCCGUAUCCAGGCUUGGCAUGCCUCCACACCUAUGUCACCACAGUGUGUGUCAGGGAACACGGAGAGUCAACGGACGCCUGAGGACGAGGAGGUAGCUGACGCCAGAGAAAAGGCACACGCGUCCCAAGAAGAGAGCAAAGAAUCUGUCAACAGCACACAACACAGCCUCCAUCAGGCUGGCAAUGACGAAGACGUACAAGUGAAUAAAGCGGCCGAGACUCACUUCCCCGUACAGAUGGCACAAAGGAUGUCUUAUGAAAGUGGGCAAGAAGGCCGAUCAGUCCUGGGAAUGUUGGCAGUGCAGGUGGAGAGAGACCCAAAGACCGGAGCCACCUCUGUCAGGUCAGUGGCCCCCGUGUCCGUGCCGACGGGCGCGCCCAUGGCUGCCACCGUCUACGACGACGGCAGGAAGAGCAUCCGCGCCGUCGGUGGCUCGGGGAGCCAACCCUCGAGCGAAGAGCUCGGCCAGAUCCUGAGCAUCGUCGACGGGGUCGGGAUGAAAGCGCUGCUGGACGAAGUCACGGUCACGCCAAACGGCGACAGACAUCCAGAGGGAAACGUCUCGUCUUUUUCUACCGGCCACGCCACGGCAAAGGAAGACAGAUCGCAGCUGGACAGUUCUGGAAGUUAUGACUUGGAAGACGGGCUGGGGAUUCAGGACUGCGCUGUAGAUGACAGAAGCAUGACGACGGUCAGAGACGUUGCAGGAGAAGUUGAUAACAUGGAGGGUCUGAGUUUGGACGAAGGCCCGGUCACUCUGGUGUUCCUGGGAUACACCGACGGUGACGGAGAGGACGGCCGAGACGACAACGAAGGCAUGCUCACAGCGGAGCGAGUGAUAAUCACCGACGAAGGAGAAGAACACGUCGUAGGACCUGAAACUUCACCUGAGACCGGGAGGAAAGAGUCCCAAGAGUUUCAGGACGUUCCCCUGGAUGGAAACGGGGCCAGAGUCAAAGUCCCGGGAGGGGAAGGGGAUAGUUCGGCUAACAAACGCAAAACCUGCCAGUGUUGCUCCGUCAUGUAAAGGCUCUGACACACCAACCAGACGGCCGACCGUCGGCAGAAAAGCCAGUCGGCUGAUCAG